ACGCCGGCGCUGCUGUCGGCGGCGUGCGGCGCGGCGCUGGCGCUGGCGCUGCUGGCGCAGUUGGCGCCCGCCGCCGCCCACGUGGCGCUCACCUACCCGCCGGCGCGCCAACUCGACCUGGACUUCCUCGACAACUCGCGCACCAAGGGGCCCUGCGGCAUGCCGAAGGGUUCGAUCCGGACAACGCUGCUGGCUGGAUCCACGUUCAACGUGACCUGGCACUUAGCGUAUCCACACAGGGGAGGUUAUAAACUUCAAAUGUUGGAUUCCCUGGGACGGUCACUGUUCGACCUUACACCUGUUACAACUGCUUCCGAGUUUGUGCUUGGUGAUGUCACGGCACAGUCUUAUCCAGUGCGACUACCACCGAACUUUACAUGCAGUGAUUGUACCAUCCGCCUGAUGAGGCAGGCGUCUGAGUGGUCCAGCUCUUACCGCUUCUGGUCGUGCGCAGACGUCGAUGUGCGAAGAAAGUCAGAAUACAAGGAAAAUUGCAGUGGUCAUGGACGUUAUCUACUUGCCAAGUGUCUCUGUGACAGACUGUAUUAUGGACCUCGCUGCCAGUACCGAGAUGAAUGUUUGGCUGACAAAGACUGUAAUGAACAUGGGAAAUGCAUAGAUGUUCGUGCCACAUCUGCACCACGUAAACAAUGCUUCUGCAAUGUGGGAUGGUUUGGCCCUUCAUGUAGUCAGCGUUCUCCUAUCAAAUCUACACAGGUAGAUUAUUCUGCUUAUACAAAGCGCUCCUUGAGUGACACCUUCACUCUCUACUGGCGUAUCUUGCAUGAGAAGCAAGAGAUUGAAGUAGUCAUGGUAGCCAAUGGCACAAGUUAUGUAGGUUUAGGUUGGCGUCCACACUCCUUAAAUGCCACUUGUCGCAACUUUCCAAUGUUGUCUGAUCCUGUAGACACAUCACGAAGUUUGCCUGAUGCUAGUAAGGGAGAGCCAAGUGGUGUUCCAGAGCCAAGCAGUGAGCCUGAACCGAGCAGUGAGCCUGAACCAAGUAGUGAACCAGAACCCAGUAGUGAACCAGAACCUAGCAGUGAACCAGAGCCAAGUAGUGAGCCAGAACCUAGCAGUGAACCAGAGCCAAGUAGUGAGCCAGAACCUAGCAGUGAACCAGAGCCAAGCAGUGAGCCCGAACCAAGCAGUGAACCAGAACCAACAAGUGUAUUAAUACCUACAAGCACAUUAAAGCCAAGCAAAUCAGAACCAAGAAGCAGAAGUAAUUUGAUUAAAAAUUCUGAACCUACUGCAGCACCUGAACCCAGUAGUGAACCAGAACCAAGCACUGUACCUGAACCUAGUAGUGAGCCUGAGCCAAGUAGUGAACCAGAACCAAGCACUGUUCCUGAACCUAGUAGUGAGCCAGAGCCAAGUAGUGAACCAGAACCAAGUACUGUACCUGAACCAAAAUCUGAGCCUGAACCAAGCAGUGAGCCUGAACCAAGCAGUGAGCCUGAACCUAGUAGUGAACCUGAGCCAAGCAGUGAACCCACUCCAAGUGCUGAACCAGAGCCUACCAAUACACCACCACUUAGUACUGUAACAUCCCGAAGUGUUUCAACGAAGGCAGUCACUCAGAUACCCCGGACCACUAAGGCUCCUCAGAGUACUAACAAAGUUGUAUCAUCACGAGAAACAAAAACAUCUGAAAAACCACUACUUGAUGAUGCUGAGAUAGUGCAAACUAGUGUAUCUUACCAAGUCAGUACAAAGAAAGGUCGUGCAAAGAGACAGGCUGUGAAGAAAGACCAAUUUUCACCAUAUGCUCCCAAACAUGAUUUUAGCUCUAUGGAUUGUACUGACAUUGUUAUUGGUUCUGCCCGAGGUAUGACAAGUAGGAUAGGAGACUACUACACUCGAGACAGAUCUACUCCAAGAGUUGACACAUUUUGGGGUGGCAAAAGUGAUCUCACUGCAGCAAUGGGUUUUGAGGCUGAUGGUGUUACAACAAUUUUGUUCCGAAAGAAACUACAAGCAUCUGAACAAACUGAUCAUUCAAUUGAGAAAGAUAUAAUGCAUGUUAUAUGGGCCCAAGGACAGCAAACAAAUAAUUAUGUUCAUUUACCAAAGUCUGGAUUAGAAAAAGAUUCCGCAACAGUAAAAGACUUUUAUAGGGAUGAUGAACUUAAAUAUCAUGGACAUGGUGAACAGCGAGGGAAAACUGUAUUAAAUUUCUUUGAUGAAGCAAUUUAUCAGACACAGACAUCAGUUGUCCAAGAUACUUGUGGAGGUCAUUGGCAAACACCCCAGGAUUGUUCACCAGAUAAAUUUGAUUGUGAAUAUUAUGCAAAAUGGGAGCAUAUUCCAAAGACUGACGAUAUAUUAUUUACAAUUAAAACAAAACACACAACUACAUGGACUGGAAUAGGAUUUUCUAAUGAUACAAAGAUGUCCCAAUCUGAUGCCAUAUUGGGAUGGAUAGAUAAUUUGGGACUUUUCCUCAUGGAUGUGUGGAUAAAAGGUUAUAUUCAGCCAUCAUUAGAUAGUGAUCAAGGAAUAUUCAAUAAAACAGGAAGCCUUACUGAUGGCAUUACAACUCUUCAGUUCUCAAGAAAGAGGCUCUCUAAAGACAGAGAGGAUAUUUCAUUUGAAGAAGGUAAAUGUUUCUAUUUCAUUUUUCCUGUUCGUGGAGGAACAUACCAGAGAGUGAGUAAAAACAUUCGCAGACAUGAAGUUACACCAACUGUCUCAGCAGAACGAGUCUGUAUAAAACCAUGUCUUUAUGUGGAAGAUAAGAGACCAGAAACUCCUGUUCCAAUUAAUCCCCAAAUAUCACUCAAUAUGGAAGUAAAAUUGCUUAAUUUAGGCGAGAGUUUCCAAAUACCAGAUCAUGGGUCUCAAGAUUUUAAUGCAUUGGCAAAACAAAUAGAUAGCAGUUUUAGUAAUGCUUUGGAUAAACUACCUGGAUUUCAGAAAAUUGAAGUAGAACAAUUUAGAAAAGAAAGUGAUGGUGUUGUAGUAAAAAUGAAUAUGAAAUUGGAUAAAGCUCAGUUUGAGAAAGAACAACCUAUUGAUGAAACCUCUGUAAUUCUUGAAGAAGCUUUGAAAAACACAGUAUCAAGUGGAAAAGUUGGUAUUUUAGUAGUAGAUCCCAAGUAUCAUGUGGUGGAUGUACAAAAACUUACAGCUGAUAAAGCAGAUCCUUCAACAACUCAGACUAGUUCAUGGCUUUCUCCCAACAAACUAUAUGCUAUUCUUGGAUGUGUUGGAGCUCUAGUACUAAUAGCAAUUAUCCAAGCUCUAUGCACUGUCUACAGAUCUUUCAAAAACCCUAAGCCGUACCAUAAGGAUCAUUUGAUACCAAAUUCUGCAUGGAAAGAUUACUCAGCUGCCAAUACCAAUUAUGCCUUUGAAGCAUACGAGCCAGAAGAAAAAGCAGCCCCAGCAAGCAUGGGCAUUGGUUCCUCCACCACAUUGCCUAGCAAUGGGUCAUCACAAAGACCAUUAAGUUCAGAUCACAACAGACCAUUGGUAGCCCUUGAUCAUGGAGGUCAUUUUCCAGACAAACAGCUUGUCCAGCGCUCCAUGUACCCAAUGAGUGGACCUCCAGAACGUACAACAUAUUCCCUGCCUAGAAUGGUCCACCAAGCUCCUUCUCACCACAAUGGAUAUUAUACUCAAGAUAGAAACCGUGGGGGUCCACCUCGCCAUUCACAUGAACUUCAGCCUGAUUUCUACUUCAUGCCAUCACAGAGGAAAUACUCAGGAGAAGUAGUGAGAGUGUGGAGUGGUGAGGAAAGUAGUAUUAGUGAUGAACAUGUCCACGAAGAGUGCAAUGGAGGAAACCUAAGGCGUAAUGAGAACGGUUAUUCCGUCGUGGUGAAUUACAAUCAUGAUGAGAGUCUUGCCGUCACCCCUGUUUUUCCUAGCUUGUGCCAGAGUGUUGAUAUUCGAAAUUCAGUGGAUGCAUUUGAAAAAAGACUUCGUGGGUGCCGGGUGGUGGAAGGCUUCGUACAGAUUCUGCUCAUAGACCAUGCUGAUGAAACUCAUUUUGCUAAUCUAUCUUUCCCGGAACUACGGGAGAUAACAGGAUAUCUGUUAUUAUAUCGAGUAAAUGGCCUACGCACGCUUAGCAAUUUAUUCCCCAAUUUGGCUGUUAUUCGAGGCUACAUCUUAUUCCUCAAUUAUGCACUAGUUGCCUUUGAAAUGAUGCACCUGCAGGAGAUAGGGUUAUAUUCUUUGACUGACAUCACACGUGGUAGUGUACGUUUGGAAAAGAACCCUCAACUCUGUUAUGUUAAAACUAUUGACUGGGAAUUAAUUGCUGAUGAUGGAAAGGAAGGCAACUAUAUAAAGAAUAACCGAAGAGAGAAUGAGUGCCCUCCCUGUCCUAAUGGAGAUCAGUGUCCAAAGAAGGCUGGAGGAGGGCCCCUCUGUUGGAGCCAUCAGUACUGCCAAAAAGUUUGCUCAGGGUGUAAUGGCACUUGUGAUGAAGAAGGUAAUUGUUGCAGUGAAUACUGCCUGGGAGGUUGCAGUGUUCAGAAUAGAAAUGAUUGUUUUGUGUGCCGCAAUUUUGUGAUUGAUGGAAGCUGUGUGCGAAAAUGUCCCUCAGGUUAUUAUGAGGUAGAAGCUAGGGUCACUUUUCUUGGAUCAGGACUGCUUUUGCUGCUGACAGCAUCAUGCAACUGCGCGAAGUGCUCAACGCAACUGGCCGCUUGUCUGGCCAAUCAGCCAGCACAGCAGCAUGCAGCAAUUACCAGUCAAAAGGUCAGGGAGAGGCCUGUUACGGAGAUGGUGGUUGGACUGGGCAACAGCUCUCCACAUCCUCACCCCUAUCCUCACAGCUCUUGGUUACAAUCAUCUUACUAUUGUGAUGUUCUUGCUUGGGGUUUAGUUGUCAUAUUUAAAGGUGUGGGAUUAGUCUUGAAGCCAUUUUUAUUACUGUUAAAGUAUUUGAAUCGUCGUUGUGUGACAGAGCAAGAAUGCAGGGAUAUGAAAAUUCCUCUUGAGCUUGCUCUGGAAGAAGAACCUCAUUACUGGAAGCCUUUUAAUGGCUCUUUCCCUUCAAUGAACCCUACCUGUCUGUUGGAUUGCCCUGUGGGCUAUGCAGAAGUGCGUCAUGAUGGGCGUCUUCAUUGUGAACAUUGUAAAGGUCCCUGUCGAAAGGAGUGCCCCAGCGCCAGCGUUGACAGCAUUGCAUCAGCUCAACGUCUUCGUGGAUGUACUUACAUUAAGGGUUCUCUAGAGAUACAGAUCCGUGGAGGCAAGAGUAUGGUGAAAGAAUUGGUUGAAAAUUUAAACAUGAUUGAGGAAAUAGAAGGCUACUUAAAAAUAGUGCGUUCUUUUCCAUUGAUAUCUCUGAAUUUUCUUAAGAAACUCACCAUAAUUCAUGGAAAGACCUUGGAAAAUUCUAAGUACUCUUUCAUUGUGCUUGACAAUCAGAACUUACAAGAGUUAUGGGACUGGACGACUCGUGAAGAAAAGUUUGAAAUUCGCAAUGGAAGUUUAUUUUUCCAUUUCAAUCCAAAGUUAUGCUUUAACAAGAUAGAAAAAUUGAGACAAGUUGCUAAUUUAAGUGUUUUUGAUGAUCUAGAAGUUGCUCGAAAUUCAAAUGGAGAUAAAGUUGCAUGUAAUGUGACAGAACUGGCUGUUGAGAUUCAUAAAAUAUCAUCUAUGGCUGUUAUUAUUGGAUGGAAGUCAUUUGAUCACUAUGAUCCUCGCUCAUUGCUUGGCUAUGUUGUUUACUUCACAGAAGCUCCUCUCAGGAAUUUAACUCUUUAUGAUGGAAGAGAUGCUUGUGGGGGUGAUGGGUGGAGAGUAGAUGAUGUCCCAGUACCUCAGGACAGGACAGCAGAAAUCAAUCAUAUAUUGACUCGCUUGAACCCUUACACUCAGUAUGCCUUUUAUGUGAAGACCUACAGUAUUGCUAGUGAGAGCACAGGCGCACAAAGCAAAAUACAUUAUUUUACUACAAAACCUGACUAUCCAAGCCCACCCCAGCUACUUAAUGCGUAUGCUAAUUCUGAGAAUUCACUUACAAUCGAUUGGAAGCCACCCCUCAACCCAAAUGGAAAUGUCACUCACUAUAUUGUAACUGGCGUAAUGAGACCCAAUGAAGAUCAAAAAUAUGAAAGGAAUUAUUGCGAGGAUCCCCCACAAAAGCAAGAAUCGCAGCCAACCAUGGCUCCAUCGGUGGAGGAGCAAAAACAGCCAAGUACUGGUGAAUGUUGUACGUGCUUGGAUCAGGGUCAGGACAGUAGGACCAAUAUGGAAAGAGAAGUAGCUCAACAAAUUCAUUUUGAAGAUUCUUUACAUAACCAACUCUAUAUUAAAAGGCCAACAAGAUCAAAGCGGGAAAUACAAAGUAUUAUGUCUCAGAGUAUUCCAAGUAACUUUGAGAAAAUCAAAGACAGAAAUGGCAAAGAAAAUAUGCAUUUCAUUAACAAUAGGGAGAUGGAUUUUGGACGUGGAACUUCCUAUCAACCAGACGUUGGUUCAGGCCCAGAUUUUCGCAGAAGAGUCAAUGACACUAAAGUGCAAAUUCUUGAUCUUCAACAUUUUGCUGACUAUACAAUAACUGUUGAAGCAUGUCGUGAACUGCUCGAAGAAGAAGUGAAACAAAAUGUCACAUCAAAUUGCAGUUCCAAGAGUUUUGUCAGUGCAAGAACAUUUGCAUCUAAGACUGCUGAUCUUAUUAACUCAUCUUCAGUAGUCAUUGAAACUGUGAAUCAGACCGUCGGAUCUGUAAAAUUGAGAUGGGAAGAACCACUAAAACCAAAUGGAGAGAUUGUAACAUUUUUUAUCGAGUAUCGUCGUUUGGAAAGGGAGAAAACUGGAGGCAAUGCUGUUGUUAAAAGAUAUAAAACAGCAUCUGAUUGUAUACCCAGGAAGCAAUUUGUUGAAAACCAGCAUUCCUUCACUUUGGUUAAUUUGGCUCCUGGAAAUUACAGUGUGCGUGUUAAAGCUGUGUCUCUUGCAGGAUCAGGAUUUACCAACUACACUCAGUUUCGUUACUUCUACAUUAAGGAACCUCCAUCAGGUCCUGGCCUAGAAUUUGUAGUUGGAGCUCUGGUUGGAUUGUUCAUAAUAGGUGUUGUAAUCUGUGUGAUGGUUAUUUAUGUGCGCCGAAAAUAUGUGCCUGGAGUAUCCAAUAUGAAACUUAUAGCAUCUGUUAAUCCAGAAUACGUUCCCACAGUUUAUGUACCAGAUGAAUGGGAGGUCCCACGAAAGAAAAUUGAGCUAUUAAAAGAAUUAGGCCAAGGAUCUUUUGGAAUGGUGUAUGAAGGUAUUGGCCGAGAUAUAGUGGAAGGGCAGAGAGAAAUAAGAUGUGCUAUAAAGACUGUAAAUGAACAUGCUACUGAUCGUGAGCGAAGCGAGUUUCUGAACGAAGCAUCUGUUAUGAAGGCUUUCAACACUCACCAUGUUGUAAGACUUCUUGGUGUCGUCUCACAAGGACAACCAGUGCUAGUGAUCAUGGAACUAAUGGCCAAUGGAGAUCUGAAAACAUUCCUCCGUUCCCAUAGGCCUGACGUCAGUGAUGAUCCUGCUAAGCAACCACCAACUUUGAAGAGAAUUCUUCAGAUGGCAAUUGAAAUAGCAGAUGGCAUGGCGUACUUGUCUGCAAAGAAAUUUGUACAUCGUGACCUUGCUGCCAGAAAUUGUAUGGUUGCAGAAGAUCUCACUGUGAAAAUUGGUGAUUUUGGUAUGACGAGAGAUAUAUACGAGACUGAUUAUUACAGGAAAGGGACCAAAGGCCUUUUACCAGUUCGGUGGAUGGCACCAGAAAGUUUAAAAGAUGGUGUCUUCACUAGUAAUUCUGAUGUGUGGAGUUAUGGUCCCCACAAAAGCAAAGAUCGCAGGCCAACCAUGUCCAUCGGUGGAGGAGCAAAAACAGCCAAAAUUACUGUGAAUGUGUUACGUCUUGGUCAGUGUCAGGACAGUAGACCAAAUAUGGAAAGAGAAGUAGCUCAACAAAUUCAUUUGAAGAUUCUUUACAUAACCAACUCUAUAUUAAAAGGUUCAGGCCCAGAUUUUCCAGAAGAGUCAAUGACACUUAAAGGUCUUUCAAACGAUCAAGUUUUGCGCUAUGUCAUAGAUGGUGGAGUAAUGGAACGACCAGAGAACUGUCCAGACAGAUUGUAUGAGUUGAUGAGACUGUGUUGGCAAUAUAAACCUGGUGUGCGCCCAUCUUUCCUUGAUUUGGUGUCGCACCUACUCCCGGAUGUGUCUCCCGAAUUCAGUCGGGUGUCUUUUUAUCAUAGUGAGGAAGGUUGUGAACUUCGAAUGCACCAAGCAGCAGAACUUACUGUAGUGGGUGAUGAUCCAGCCACUCCAUUACGAGUCACAAGAGACAUUGAGGACUUUUCUCUUGGUGAUUCUGAUGUUGACGAACUAGAACUAGAUGUAGAAGGAGAUGAAGAGAGCCUUGAGGUAUCUCGAUCUGGAGCUAAUACAGGACCCUUUGCACUCUAUCAUACCAUGCCAUCUGCGUAUGGUUCAUCACGGCAAUCAGUAGGGGAGGAAACUCGAAAUGCAGCAACGCCCUGCACCAAUAGUGAACCCAAUAAAAUGGGUAAUGGCAGCACAGUGACCACUCCCACGGCAGCAAAUGGCUGGGUUGUAAACCACCCAGGUAAUGGUACAAGUAUUACAAGCUCAGCCAAUGCAGGCUCAGGUAUUAAAACAACCGAGUGUUGAUUACUAUGUGCAUGGUAAAAUUGUAUAACAAAAGCAGCUGCGGUUUUAGAUACUAUUUUUUAUAUGAACAGAAGCACUGAUCUUUACUGAUGAAUGUGUAAUGUUGACAUUUACUGCAGUGUAUGUAACAUUGCUUGAAGGCAGUAUUUCGAUAUUUUGUGUUUUAUGGUCUUAAAUUCUCCCGCUUCCAUAAUCUUGAUUGUGUAUUCUGAAAAUGGAAUAGUUAUAUUUUUGUGUAAAUGCAUAUCAAGAUAUGGUGUUAUGUAGUGAGAGCUAGCUUGUCAAAGCAGUAUAUUUUUGUCAUGAGACUGUCAGUUCCUUUCACUAGUCACAUAUAUUGUCAUUGGAGUGAGAGAGUGAGCAGAAUGUUGAAAAUGAUUGUGUUGUAGUAUUUUCCCCAGUUUAAUUGUGGUUUAUUCAGACUGAAGUAACUUGAGUAACUUCAUCACACUGCUUGUUUGGGGAAUAAUAGUGAGUAAUGGACCAUUUUAAGCAGGAUUUUAUGUAUAGAGAUUUUUUUUUUAAUUUUAUUUUUGGUAGGAAAGACUUGAGUCAAUAUCAAAAACCGAAUUUAAGUCAUUCCUAACAAAACACCAGGGAUAUUAAGUUUAUUUCUCUGUUGUAUCCUGCAGAAAGUUUUUUGUAUUGUGAUUGCUGUAUUAUUCUUAUCCUGUAUUAGGGAAUUCAAAGCAUCAAAAUUCUUGGAAUGAAUUUUCUUUUAGUCUCCAUCCUUUGCAAGUAUCAAAGGAGAUUUAUUUCUUCCUUCGUUCUUAUGGUGUCAUUGCUCAACUGCUGUUUUGGUAUUGGUUGAGAGAUCUGUUGAGAUGGGGACCAAUUAUAAUUUAUUUAUCAUUUUACUCAUAUCCAUUAAUUUUUGUGUCUUGACUUCUAUAUUUAAUACUUAUUUUCUAUGUCUUAUUGUAUUUUGUUUAUAUCUCUUUAAUAUCUAGUUUUCUGUUGAACUAUUGCAACUUUAUAAUGAUAAAUUUAUCGUUAUGAGCCGUGACUUUGAAAGCUUAAUGAUAUAAUAUUAUGUGAAAAUAUGUAAAUAUUAAUAUUUGUAGAAAACGUUUACAAUUAAAAGUAAUUUUUCAGGUUAACUGCAAAUCAGGUUACUAUAAGCCAUAGUCUAGCUCAGGCCAAUCUUUAAUCGAGUGAGUUCAUCAUUAUAAAUCAUGUAUUCUGUAAAUUUAACAGUAGUACUAAACAGUAAUCAGAUUACUGUGAUCAUUAUUUCAUUUAUUCAGUUUCUGUUGAUGCACUGAUAACUUGGAAGCAGGCGUAUAAAAUUUCUUCUCAUUAUAUGGUAUGUGUAGUUCAUAAACUGGAUAACUCUGUGAUGAAAUUGUGUCUGUUAAGAUAUUUUUGUGUUUGGUACUAGUGCGUUUAAUAUAUGUUAUGUGUUUUAUUUAUACGUAGUACAUAAGAGGAAAGAAAUAAGCACAUUUGGAAGUAAGAAAAGAAAUUUAAAUAGUGUUUUAUGCCAAGAAACACCAGGUUACCCAAUGAAAUUAUGUUCAGUAUAGUGACUAUAAAGUUAAGGAAUUUCUGAAUAAACCUUUUUAUUUAACUUGUGAAAUAUCAAAGAACUUUGUUCUAUUAAGGUCAGGAAUCAGAUCAUUGUAUUUCUUUUUUAAAUUGCUUAUUCUUGUGUGAGUUUUAAUCAUACAAAUAGUGAUAUACAAGUUGUAUGGUGAGUGACUCCCUUCUGAAAAUAAUGUUUCUUAUGAAAAAUUGUGCACUGGUUUGGUAAAUAUUCCCUCCAAUAGUUUAUUACCGAAUUAAUCACAAAGUAGUACAUAUAUUUUCUUACUGUAUUUUUUAUUUAUAGAUGGUCUCAGAUUAUAAUAUAAAUUUUACACAAUUGAAUGAGUGCAGUAGAAGUAGAGUUGUGUACAACUCCCAUCACUUCCAAUUAAUAGAUUGAUUCAUAUAGUUAUCUUUUUUGUUUGUUUUGUUUCUGAGACCAAUUCAAAUAAAUGUAUCAUUCUCAUUUUUGUUUGUUUCAUUUAAUUUUUGUAGAGUUAUUAAUUUUUAUUGGAGAUGUAAAAACUCCAUCUAAAUUGUUGAAUUUUAGUUGAAAUAAUGAUCAACUAAAAGCAGGUCCUCUAACAUUUUCCUCGCCACUUUUUCACUUGGCUGCCUAAGUACCCAUCUCUUGUGAGAUAAUUAUUUUACCAUAUGCAUUUUGUAAUAAGUUUUUUCAUCUUGAAUACGUCCAGACUGUGAUUGACAUGAGGAGGGUGGAACCUGUAAGAAAUGUAGUUUGUAUAAGUUGAGAGAAAAAAAAAUCAUCUGGAAGUUGGACCAAUGGGUUCUUUUAUAAUCUAAAAUGGGUUUGUUGAUCUUCCCCACAAUUUUCAGUAAAAUUUUAAUGAAUGUAUUAUUUUUAUAAUUGUUUGGCCAACUUUUAAUUAAUUUUUAAUCAAAUGGCUAAUGAAUUUUCAAGGGUAACAUAUAUGAAUGAUUUGUGCAUUUUUACUAUAUCGCAUUUAGUGUCUCAGUGAUAUCACCAGCUGAUAAAGAGUUGUGGAACUGUUGUUUACAAAACAUUUGUAAUCGACUUCUUUUCUCAAAUUAAAUUGUUUUCAUGAAGAAUUUAUUGUCUUUUUGGUAAGGCUUUCAUCUCUUUUCUUUAAAGUUGUUUUUGCACCAUGUUUUUAUACCUAAUCAGUUAAAAAUUUCAUUAUUUUGUGACAGCCAUCUAAUACAAUAUUCUAUUAAGUUCUGUUUUGUAGUUUCUUUAAGAAGAGAGAAUUAUGUUAAAUGGUAUUUUUAAUUUUUUUAGUAUCAUUGUAUUUCUUUCACAGAAUAUCAGAUAUUUCUGUCAUGCUAUUUGUAGAGUAAUCAUUGUUAUGUGCUUUCUAAAUUCUCUCUAAGUCUAUAAACAAUUUCCAUCUCAGGAGAUUGUGCAAUGUACUAAUUUAAUAUGGAACAAAAUUCAUAUAAAUUAUACUUCAAUUUUAAAUCAUUUGCUUUUACAAAACUAGUAUGUAGGCAUUUCCACAACUUUAACACAGUUGGGGGGGGAAACUGGAUUUUUUAAUGUAUUUAUUGUACUAAAGAUGGACAUCAAUGAUUAAUCCAACAAUUGAUUUUCUUGAAGCCCCUGAAUAAAUAUUUCAAUUGUGCUUACUUCCAGCUAUCAACACAAGUUGAUAACAAUGAUACAAUGGUAAAUCUUGCAGAUUGUUUCAUUUUGUCCUUCUCUUGAUUAUUUCCAGAUGUACUUACAUUAUGGAAGUCCUAUUUAAAUUUUUGCAUUUUAAUGCAACUGAGUUGAAGGUCCACAGUUUUCCUUGGGAGAUAAUUUACUUUAUGUAAUGUGAUUGAUUUUUUUAUAUAGGCAAAGCCAAGUAUUUUCAAGCUUUAAACAGUUUGAAUUAAUCAUGUUAUGCAUCUUAAAACAACUAGCUCAGUUAUGCAUGCGUGUUUUGCAAUGAUUUAACAAAAUUGGCCAUGUACCUUUUUUCAUCGCUCACAUAAUACAUGGUAGAAAUCAGUAAAUUUUUA